AUGCCAGGCACCAUCAGUUUCAUGCAGCAAUCCUUCCCUGGGAAACCACAGUUCACAGAGAGCAAUGUCCCUGACUUGAAGGGCACGGUCACGAUUGUCACCGGUUCAGACACCGGUCUUGGCAAGGAGAUAGCCCAGAUCCUCUACUCCAAGAAUGCCAAGGUCUACAUGAUGGCGCGUUCCAAGGAAAAGACCCAGAAAGCAAUCAACAGUAUCAAGGCUACUGUUCCAAUGUCCAGUGGGGAAUUGAUCUCAUUCCUCUUGACCCUGCAAAUCUCUGGAGCGUCAAGGCCUCCGCUGAGAAAUUCCUUCACAAGGAAUCCAAGCUCCAUGUCCUCUUCAACAAUGCUGGUGUUGGGUAUCCCCUCAAAGGCAGCAAGACGCAACAGGGCCUAUGACCUGCAGCUUGGUGUAAACUGUAUUGGAACAUUUGCAUUCACCAAGCAUCUAACCCCAACACUUGUCUCAACUGCUAAAACCUCACCACCCAACUCCAUCCGCGUGGUCUGGGUCUCAUCCUCUGCUGCUGAAGCCAUUGCUCCCAAAGGCUACAUUGAGAAACUUAACCAAUAUUGA